AAUGUCGACGAAAUCGACGAGAAGAGAGUAACCCUAGCAGUCACAGCUGAGAUCAUUGUGCCUUCGUUUCACGAGAAGAGAGGAAAAGGAAAAAGCUUCUUCUCCAAGAUGACUUUCAAGCGUAGGAACGGUGGGAGAAACAAGCACAACCGAGGUCACGUCAACCCAAUCAGAUGCUCCAACUGUGGCAAAUGUUGCCCAAAGGACAAGGCGAUUAAGAGGUUUAUCGUCAGGAACAUUGUGGAGCAGGCUGCCAUUAGAGAUGUUCAGGAAGCUAGCGUCUACGAUGGGUACACAUUGCCGAAGCUAUAUUCGAAGGUGCAAUACUGUGUCUCAUGUGCGAUCCACUCUCACGUUGUCAGAGUCCGAUCCCGCACCAACCGCAGGGUUCGUACUCCACCGCCGCGUUUUGCCAGACGCAAGGAGGAUGCUCCCAAGCCUGGUCAACCAGGACAGGCCCCUCGUCCUGCUGGAGCUGGACCUGGAGCUGCACCGCGUGUCUGAAGCCUGCUUCUUUCUUUUUUUUUCCUAAGGAUUUUGUUUUCCUUAUGUUGGGUUUAGAAUGUACUCCCUCUGUUUCCAAUAAUUACAUGUUUUUUGAUAUUUCACAAUAUUAAUUAAGUAUUUACUUCCAAUUACAACUC